AUGACGCCGCGGAGACCUAGAUCCAACCGCAGCUCUAGCAAGCCCAAAGCAGCUGCUCUAGGAGCUGAAUUCGAACUGGACAGGCGUGAUCCAGUUGACAGCGCUGCCUUGCGAUCCCAAAGGAGCCAUAACGGGGGUCGAAAGAGCCGAGUCGUUCACGACUCGGGUAAGCAACCUCGAUCACACCGAGACCGCAAGCACGGCCGACGGCUGAACCUCGAACCGGACACUGAUGGAGACUAUUCCAUGCUCCUGACGCCACCUUCUAGCCCUAGAUCUUCAUCAAGAACUCACCAAGCUUCUGAGAGAUACAGUUACAGCGCAGAUGGUCGCCAACAUCAGACCCGCGAGCGUCUAACACGGUCACCUAGACCACCCCGGGGUGGAACGAAGAAGCCCGCGGACACGGCUCUCAAAAAUUUCCGCUUCCGCCAACAAAUUCUAUCUCUCAUUGACCAACAGCGUACGGCCGUAGAGACGUGGGCGGAGAGCAUCGGUGCAGACGGCCCUGCAGAGCCAAUGGACUGGCAACCUGAACAAGAGCGGAUCGUUUACUUCGCCCGUAUGCCGGCAGAGGAGAAUUGCUAUGCGGACCAGUGGAAAAUCGGCGAGAAGCAGAUCGCGUCGGCGCACCCUGAAUUAGGGUCGUGGGCCAGCGAGCUCUGUCUUGGUGGAGUGUCAGUGCGUGGGUCGCCGGCAGUCGUGGGGUUUUUAGAUGAGAUCGAGUGA